GCGACAGUACUUCCGUUUCAGAGGUGACAGAAAGAAAGCGCUUCCCUGUUCUGGAGUGGACGUGGCCCUGCGUACUUUCUAUCAACCACCCAUGCAGCGCUGCCUCACUCUGACCUUUGGGCGGCACAGCAGGCUUCUCUUGAGAACCAAAUUAUCAUCUGUCCACUGCCAGCCGUCAGCAGCCAUGUCAGGUCUCCUCAUCAACCAGCCGAAAUACGCCUGGCUCAAAGAGCUGGGCCUGUCUGAGGACAACCCAGGUGUUUACAACGGGAGCUGGGGAGGCAGUGGGGAAGUCAUCACGUCAUACUGCCCUGCCAACAAUGAGCCAAUUGCCAGAGUAACACAGGCAACAAUGGCAGAGUAUGAAGAAACUGUCCAGAAGACGAGGGAGGCUUGGAAGAUGUGGGCCGAUAUUCCUGCUCCCAAAAGAGGGGAGAUUGUGAGGCAGAUUGGAGAUGCGCUCAGAAAGAAGAUAAACGUCCUCGGGAGUCUGGUGUCUCUAGAAAUGGGCAAGAUCUAUGUUGAGGGAGUUGGCGAGGUUCAGGAAUACGUUGAUGUCUGUGAUUAUGCAGUCGGUCUGUCAAGAAUGAUCGGCGGGCCCAUGCUGCCUUCAGAGAGACCAGGCCACGCCCUGAUCGAACAGUGGAACCCAGUCGGACUUGUCGGCAUCAUCACUGCUUUUAACUUCCCCGUGGCUGUGUACGGCUGGAACAAUGCCAUCGCCCUGACCUGCGGCAAUGUCUGCCUCUGGAAAGGAGCUCCUACCACGCCUCUCACAAGUGUUGCAGUUACCAAAAUUGUAGCUGAGGUGCUGGAGCAUAACAACCUGCCUGGUGCGAUCUGCUCCAUGACCUGCGGGGGCGCUGAUAUCGGCACAGCCAUGGCGAAAGAUGAGAGGGUUGAUCUGCUGUCGUUCACAGGCAGCACCCAUGUUGGCAAGAUGGUGGCCAUGAUGGUGCAGGACAGGUUCGGACGUAAGCUGCUGGAGCUCGGUGGAAACAAUGCCAUUAUCGUUUUUGAGGAUGCUGACCUGAAUCUCGUGGUGCCCUCCGCUGUCUUUGCAUCUGUGGGAACCGCUGGCCAGCGCUGCACCACCACCAGGAGGCUGAUGCUGCACGAGAGUGUUCACGACACUGUGGUUGAGAGGGUCGCCAAGGCCUACAAACAAGUCCGCAUCGGAGACCCUUGGGAUCCCACCACACUUUACGGGCCUCUGCACACCAAACAAGCUGUGGAUCAAUAUCUGGCAGCUAUUGAGCAGGCCAAGAAGCAGGGUGGCACUCUGAUCUGCGGAGGAAAGGUGAUGGACCGUCCUGGAAACUACGUGGAGCCCACCAUCAUCACAGGGCUGGCACACGACGCACCCAUUGUCCACACCGAGACCUUUGUCCCCAUACUGUAUGUCCUCAAGUUCAAGACAGAAGAGGAGGCGUUUGCCUGGAACAACGAGGUCCAGCAAGGCCUGUCCAGCAGCAUCUUCACCAAAGAUAUGGGUCGGGUUUUCCGCUGGCUUGGGCCGAAAGGAUCCGACUGUGGCAUUGUGAAUGUCAACAUUCCCACAAGCGGAGCUGAGAUCGGUGGAGCCUUUGGUGGAGAGAAACACACUGGAGGUGGAAGAGAGUCCGGCAGCGACUCAUGGAAGCAGUACAUGAGGCGUUCAACCUGCACGAUUAACUACAGCAAGGAUCUUCCUCUGGCGCAGGGAAUCAAGUUUGAGUAAAGCCUUCAGGUGCUUUGUUGUUAAAGCGUUCAAUGAGCCCAAAAGGACAACACUAAAUGUUUUAGUGGCAGAGUGUUGCCAAUCAAAUGCUAGACAUUUGUAAUUGCAUUUUUUGCAUCCAGAAAGGUCAGUCUGAAUUUUAAAAAGAAUUGGAUUAAUUUUGGAUUAGUAAUGUUUUCCUUUAUCAAAUCUAGUAUGUUUGCGGUUGCUGCAUCAAAUACUAAUCCUAGUUUGAAAAAAGUUUUGUGUUAAAGGUCAGAUACUGUUCCCCCAAAUUGUGGUGUGCACUUUUCUACAAGCGCUUACAAAGUGAGUUUAAGUGUGAGGCGAUUGUACGAGAUGCUUUAUACUGUACAAUAAUAAAAAUAAAUCUUAGCUUAUUUUAUAAGAAAAACUGAAGUCGACUUUAUUCAUGUGUAGAUUAAAUCAUUAUAGGGCAAAUAACAAAUCAACACAGUCUGCUUAAAAUCACGGGUGUUAGCAAUGAAAAUACUGUCUGCAUCUCCUUUACAGCAUUAACAUACUCCAUUUUGCAUCUUGAGCAACCUACAAGAAAGAAUCACUAUGUACUUUCCAGACAAGAAAAUAAUGAAUAAAAGGCUUCAUGUUGAUGUGAA